AUGCCUAAUGCAAAACGCAAUGGCUCCGCCAUCGAUCACCACGCGCUGACACCAGGCGGCAGUUUAGAUUCCGCAUGGUUGACAUCAUUAGCGACGAACCAUGGCCGCGGAGCGAAAUCAGAUCUGCAAAAUGCUGCGCAGGCCCUUGGUGCAUCAGUUUCGGCCGUGGAGGUAGCAAAGUUCCUGGACAAGAAGCUCCAAGACCUACCGUCUUUUCAGCGUGCUGCAUUCCUGGUGCCUUCAAAGGGAGGCUUGCCAGGAAUCGAUCCGGCACUGGUGCGUGUCGAUGAAGAGUGCGUUUAUCUUGUCGGGAAUUCGCUCGGACUGCAGCCAUCCCGAACCAGAGUGCUGGUUUCGGAGGAGCUGGACAAGUGGGCAAAAUGGGGUGUUAAUGGCCAUUUCACCGGGGACCGGCCGUGGAUGCCCAUAGACGAAAAUGUCAUCCAGCAGAGCGCGGCCAUUGUCGGAGCAGAAAAAGAUGAGGUAGCCAUUAUGAACAGCCUCACAGUGAACUUGCAUUUGCUUUUUGUAUCCUUCUAUCGACCAGAAGGGAGUCGGAACAGAAUAAUGUACGAGGCCAGCGCUUUCGGAUCGGACUAUUUUGCUUUCGAAUCGCAGGCGCGGUUGCACGGACUAGAUCCGACGAAAGUGCUCCUGCCGCUGAACGCUCGCCCUGGCGAAGAGCUGCUCCGCACCGAGGACAUUGUCAGCGCAAUCCAAGCGGCGGGAGAAAGCCUUGCAGUUGUUUGUUUGGGUACCGUGCAGUACUACACUGGCCAAUAUUUUGAUGUUAAGGCCAUCACAGAGGCUGCCCAUGCUGUGGGAGCAAUGGCGAUCUGGGAUUGUGCCCAUGCUGUGGGAAAUGUAGAUUUGAGUUUGCACGAAUGGGGCGUGGACGGAGCCUGCUGGUGCAACUACAAGUACCUCAAUGCCGGCCCUGGUGCAAUCGGUGGCUUCUUCGUGCACAGAAAACAUCUCAACAAAGGACUUCCCCUUUUAGCUGGGUGGUGGGGCCAGAAGCAGGCUGUUCGCUUCAACAUGGAACACAGCUGGGACCCUGAGGUCGACGCUGGAGCUUGGCGGUUGUCCAAUCCGCCUGUUCUGCAGACCGUCUCGUUGCUUGCGAGUUUGGAAAUUUUUUCGAGGACGACAAUGUCAGAGCUCCGCGGCAGGUCAAUGCUGUUGACAGCAUACCUGGAACUGCUCAUCGCUGAUCUUGUCGGGGAUCAACUCUCUGUGAUUACUCCGGAAUGUCCCUCCUCGCGCGGAUGUCAGCUAAGCCUGAAGUUCAGCGAGGAACGAUCGUGCCUGGCAACCUUCACCGCCCUGGAGAGGUUCAAGAAGGGCAUUAAAGUUGAGAAGAUGUCCAAGGAAGAAGCUGACAAGAAGCUUGGCGUCUCUUCCUGGCCAACUUGGGGCUGCGGCGCAUCGAAAUUCGACUGGGAAUACAGUGGAACUGAGACUGCAUACAUUCUGGAGGGUGAGGUGACUGUGACCCCUACUGGAGAGUGGUCAGACGCCGAUCCCGCCACGAUCGAGGCAGGGGACCUUGCAACUUUUCCGGAUGGAAAGUACAAUUCCGUGGCCAUCGCACCAGCAUGCAAGCAGCAGGCCUUCCGAGAAGCACUUCUGAAGAAGAUCGUCGGUGAGGAAUUGAGUGGGGAGGAUCUGGUGAAGCACGAGAAGUUUUUGAAAGCUAAGGAGGAGGCUUUGUCGCAGCUCUCAACCAAGCAAAGUGCUCCGGCCAAGGAUGGUGGCAUCAGCUUGAGAACAACGCAACAAAGUCGCUUAGGCGGUGCUGCCUUCGACGAGGAAACUGCCCGAAAGUUGGAAGCGAUAGCAGGCAGGGCUGCGCAGGAUGCCACACGCCGCGAGUUGGAGAAAGCCAAAGAGGCGAGCCGGGCGAUGGCUGAUGCCCAAGCAGAGGCACAGAGCUCCUUGCAGGCAGCCGUCGCUCACUUGUCAAGCGAACCCAAGGCUGCAAGUCUGAUGCCCACCUGGAUUUCUGACGAUGAGUACAGGGAUCUGGGAUAUCCGCAGAUGGAUCCAAAGUUUAGAGACCGAGAGUGGCACAGGAAACAGCUCCAGCUGGACAGUACUGAUCCACGCCACAAUCCGAACCUCAAUCGCGACCAGAGCGAUCCAGAGUUUUGGUAUCAUGCAGCUCGAAGACCAUUCAAUAAGGCUCUCCUCCGCACAGAGCAACAUUGGAAUGCCCGUAGAGAGGUGUGGCUGAAGCAGUUUGAGCAGGUCAAGGACAUGAACCAGCGGCGAGAGCUGCUUUCUGACUUGCUCGAGGAUAGCCCCGCAGAUGUCAAGCGUUUGGUCACCCCGAUUCUGCACUACAGCAUCACGAUGAAUGUACUGAUUGGUUUCCUUGAGAAGGCCGAGAAAACAAGAAGGACUUUCGAGGAAGUGCUCUUGGAUGAGGAGAACUUGAAUGUGCUCCGGGGAAUUCGAGACCGGAUAGAUGCCAAGGGUGACCAGGCAGCUGACGAGAUGCUUCAGGAGUACGACGCUCGAUCCAGGCUGCUGGCGUUUGAUGCUCAGGAGAAGAAGGACGGAGAAGAGCAGGAACGACGAGUGGCAGAUGUCACUACGCUCGCGCAGAUCAUGAACUGGGGCCAGAAGUGCAAGAAGGAAAAACAAACUGGGUGCGUUGCAAACGAGCCGCUGCCCGCUUCGAAUCAGGAUGGCCUCGUUGAGUGGGAGCAGGGGAACUACGCAGAAGCCCGCGCCAGCUGGAGGCAAGCUCAUGAAACCCUCCGUCCUUUCAAGGCCGCAGAUAAGGAGACCAACGAGCUGCUGUUUGAACUUCAUACAGCAAUCCUGAAGAACCUGGCACAGGCAAGCAUGAAGCUUGGGUACUGGAACGAAGCGACGAAGGUGUCGACACUUGCGACGCAGCUGUGCCCAGAAGACCACAAGGCAUGGUUUCGACGAGCAUGUGCCCUAGAAGGCUUGGGAAGCCUGGAUGAGGCCGAGAAAUGCUUGCAAAAGAUCGACGAAUGUUCGGUUGGACGACCGGAUCGCCUUCGAAUAGCAAAAGACACCCAGGCCAAGCGUGAGAAGCUGCAGGCCCUCCGCGAGCGGGAACAGGCAUCACUCAAGCGAACGAUGGAGAAGGCACUCGGCAGGAGCGUGUUCAGUGAAGAACGUCAGGUCGAUAAUGAGGAGGAAGCUGCAAAGGAUUCGCUUGAGUCAGACGAGCAGCGGAGAGCUUUGCCGACACCUAAUGGAAUCUUUCAGGAUUCCAACCGUAAACACCUGACGCGAGAAGGUGCAAAGGAUUUGCUACACGCUUUGCGAGAUGCAUACAGAGACUCCACAUUUCAGAAGCAGGUCAUGAAGCUUGCACGCGAUGUUCGAGGCGAAAAGCGCCCCUUCCUCGCGAAUCUCGCGAACGUUGCGCUGCCUUUGCAGAAGCCCGUCUUGGAGAAGUUCGGCUUUGAACCCAGCGAGAAGGGACUCAAAGAGAUGAUGCGAGCAGUUCAGGAUUACACGCGAGGGCCGAAGGCGAACGCGGGAGUGAAGAGGGCCGCUGACGAGACGACGGUCGCACUCUAUGGAGUCAUGUACGACACGCUCACCCGCCCAGAUGACGCUGCCAUAAGACCGCAACUGGAGGCCAGACUUGGCCGCGGUCACGACGCAGAAGACGUUGAAACUUAA